UUGGACCCCCUCCAAGGAAACAGCUUCCAGGCGGACGCCGUCGGCAUUCUGCUGCAGCAUUCUAGUUUUCUACUUUGGUUGGUAUUCAACAUAGUUGCGCCUGUUACAGAAAAAAAAAAAUCAGACAAAAUGACGGUCGAUUACUACUACACAGCGGGAAGCGCUCCGUGCAGAUGUGUCCUUCUUACAGCUAAAGCCGUUGGUGUGGAAUUGAACUUGAAACCCACUAACCUUAUGAAGGGAGAACACUUAACUCCGGAGUUCCUCAAGUUAAACCCACAACACACGGUUCCGACACUCGUUGAUGAUGGCUUAGUACUUACAGAAAGUCGAGCCAUAAUGUGCUACCUGGCAAAUAAAUACGCUAAAGACGACAGCCUUUACCCUAAAGAUCCCGCAAAAAGAGCUAUGGUCGACUCGAGGUUGUACUUUGACAUGGGAACCCUUUAUGCAAGAUUUGGCGAUCUAUACUAUCCAAUGCUAUUUGGCGGAGCCUCUUAUGAUGAAGAGAAAGCCAAAAAAUUGGAUGAAGCUCUCGGUUUCUUGGAUGGAUUUUUGGCAAAGACAGCAUGGGUUGCUGGAGACAACAUGACUAUCGCAGACUUCUGUUUGGCAGCAUCUGUAUCAACAUUUGAGGUCGUCGGUGUCAACUUGGCGAAACACGCCAACGUCACCAAAUGGCUCCAGAAGUGCAAGACCACCAUGCCUGGCUACAAGGAGGCUAAUCAAGAGGGCGUUGAAGCAUUCGAAAAAGCCUUCUGUGGCAAAUUGAAGAAAUAAGCACGCUAUUGAAGCACUCACUGUGUGGCAUUUUGGCACUUCACACUCAUUUAUUAAAAUAAUCAAACUUUUUUCUUGAAUUACAAGUUAUAUUUUACC